AUGGCAGAAGUUGAGAGAGAGAGAGAGAGAGAGAGAGAGAGAGAGAGAGAGAGAGAGAGAGAGAGAGAGAGAGAGAGAGAGAGAGAGAGAGAGAGAGAAAGAGAGAAAGAGAGGGAGAGGGUGAGAAAGAGAGAGAGGGAGGGUGAGAGAGAUAGAGAGAGAGAGAGAGAGAGAGAGAGAGAGAGAGAGAGAGAGAGAGAGAGAGAGAGAAAGAAAGAGAGAAAGAGAGAGAAAGAGAGAGAAAGGGAGAGGCGUCAAUGCUUGCUUGGUUAA